AUGGUCAAACUCAUCCCUUACGUUACCUCUCUACUGGCCCUUGGUCAGGCUAUAGCUGCCGCCAAGGCAGUUACAUCCUUUUCCGAAUGGGUUGAUGGCAUUCUCGAGAAUCCCAAUGGAGAUAAUAUGACACCCGAGGAGGUCGUCGAUGCCUUUAACAAUGGGCAAUUCAGUACUCCACCAGCAGUUAGAUUUGGUCGUAGCUUGAUUCAGAAGCGCGCAACCUGUUAUGAGCAUCCUAAUACUGACUGUCUUAUUGUGGAUGCUGUCGCAUGCAUCAACGCCGUCGCCCGCAGAGGCGCAAACGACUGCCGCAACGUUUAUGAGCAGUGCCAUAUUAACACCGCCGUAUUGACGACUGACGGCACAACAGACUCUUCUUGCAACGACGUCGCUCGUGGCGGGGGGUCUAUUUUGGAUCACUGCGUUCGUGCAGGUAAUGAUCGGGUAGAAGGGUCGGAGUUCGCGUAUGGAAAUGGAAGGGAGCUAGUACGACUUCGAAGAGCUUAGUUAUGAAUAGAGAACAUGUUGAGGUUCAUCUUUUGUUGACGAGCUGUCAUAAUGUUCGAGAGGUAUGAUUGGGGAUAUCCUUAUGGAGCUCGACAUUGGAAAGUUCAUCAGCCAACAUCCGGGCAAACAUAUCAUUGAGCACAGUACUAUACGCACAUGGUUUAAUGGGAACUGAACGAGUCUUUUACUGUCGC